UCAUUUUCUGCUAUCGUCGGAUCAAAUGGUUCGGGAAAAUCAAAUGUGAUCGAUGCGCUUUUAUUGGUAUUUGGUUAUCGAGCAAAUAAAAUGAGGCAAGCCAAAUUAUCAGAACUUAUUCAUUCAUCGCAGCCUGGUUCGGAUAAUUAUGAG